AUGGGAUCCGGGUGCGGUAAACGUGGGCGUGGGGGCAGGCUGGCUGCACUCGCUCGCCGGGCUGGUGAAGCGCCGGCUCAGCGGCUACGUGAAGUGGCACCAUCUUGCAGCGCGCCGCGACCACGACCACCACCACCACCACGGCCACCAGCAGCAGCGCCACCAGCAGCUGCACAGAUGGGGCACGAGCGAGAGUUGGAGCGUCCCAGCAUCCCCUCUGCCGCCGCGGGCCCCGCCCCCGCGCCCCGCAGACUAGCACCCGCCCCCAUUUCCCCAACGGCGGUCAGCUCGCCCAGGCCUUCGCCCGACCGGGCGCCCCCAAGCCCGUCUGGUGCACGCAGGCCUUCGCACCGAAACAGGCCUGGCCUGAGAAACGCCUCCCGAAGGCACCCGCUGACCAGGCCGCAGAUCGCUUCCCAAAACAAACGUGGCCCGCCCAGCCGAUUAAGUCUUAACUCCGCCUCACCAACCCCU